ACAGGGCGACUUCAGUCACGGGGCCGCGCGCACACACACGCUGCGCGGCCACGCCACCGGCCGCUCCGCUCGCCCUUUUCUUUUCUUUUCUUUUCUUUUCUUUUAAAACUUUUAUAUUUUCAUCCGUUCAUCCGCACUCCGGUGUGUCGUCCGGCAGGCGACCGAGCACCGGUAUCAAACUACCGAUUUGUUCACCGACUGACCGGACCUGAUUCCUCACCGCAGGGCCCGAAGUUUCCGUCGUGUCCGGACUCCUACUUUAUUAAUGUUUUAAUUAUUUUUCACAUAUUUUACGGACCGGGUGUUUCGUCAUACCGGGAAAUAUCGUGAAAACCCACCAACCACCGAUCACGGAAUCCCCGUUAUCAAGGAAUUAAGGUGUGGGAGUGAAGUUAAGAUGGCGGGGGCAUCGGUCAAGGUGGCGGUAAGGGUCCGCCCCUUUAACUCCAGAGAGACCAACCGCAACGCUCGCUGUAUCAUCCAGAUGAAGGACAACACUACCUGUAUCUCCAACCCCAAACAACCCAAAGAUGGAGCGAAGAACUUCACGUUUGACUAUUCCUAUUGGUCCCACACUACGGUGGAAGAGCCAGAUUUUGUGUCUCAGGAGCAGGUCUACAAGGACAUCGGGGAAGAGAUGCUGCUGCAUGCCUUCGAAGGAUACAACGUGUGUAUCUUUGCGUAUGGUCAGACGGGAGGAGGGAAGAGCUACACUAUGAUGGGCAGACAGGAGCCCGGACAAGAAGGAAUCAUACCUCAGAUGUGUGAAGAUUUAUUCAGACGAACCGGAGAAAAUACCGACCCAGACCUCCAGUACUCUGUAGAGGUGUCCUACAUGGAGAUCUACUGUGAGCGUGUGCGCGACCUGCUCAACCCCUCCAACCCGUACCCCAACCCCAACCCGGACCCCUCGUCCCGGGGCAGCCUGCGGGUCCGGGAGCACCCCAUCCUGGGGCCCUACGUAGAGGACCUCUCCAAGCUGGCCGUCACCUGCUUCUCGGACGUCCAUGAGCUGAUGGACGCCGGCAACCAGGCUAGGACAGUAGCAGCCACCAACAUGAAUGAGACGUCGUCCCGGUCCCACGCAGUGUUCACCAUCGUCUUCACGCAGCGACGAAGAGACCAGAUGACUGGCCUUGACACUGAGAAGGUUAGUAAGAUCAGUCUGGUAGACCUAGCAGGAAGUGAGAGGGCCGACUCCUCUGGGGCGAAGGGCACCAGAUUAAAGGAAGGAGCAAAUAUCAACAAAUCUCUAACCACACUGGGGAAGGUGAUAUCAGCUCUGGCUGAGAUGACGCAGGGGUGUAAGAAGCGGAAAAGUGACUUCAUUCCCUACAGGGACUCAGUCCUUACCUGGCUGCUUAAGGAAAACCUGGGAGGUAACUCGCGUACCGCCAUGAUCGCUGCUCUCAGUCCGGCGGACAUCAACUAUGAGGAGACCCUGAGCACCCUGAGGUAUGCCGACCGAGCCAAACAGAUCCGUUGUAACGCGGUCAUCAACGAGGACCCCAAUGCCAAACUGAUCAGAGAGUUGAAGGAGGAGGUGACGCGCCUGAGAGACCUCUUGUUCUCUCAGGGAUUACAUGAGCUGCUGCAACAAACCGCUCUAGAGGUAGCCAAUAGCUGUGCAGCAUCUGUUGAGGGGGGAUCUCCAAUACCUCCUCUGUCUCUUUCGGCCAAUGGCCUUCCAGCUAGACGUAGCCACGCCUCCUCAGGGGACUCUGACUCUAAAGGGGAUGACCUCUUGGAUAACGAUCACAUGACUGAAGAGGGGGAGGACGGAGACGAGGGGGAGGAGCCUAUCACCCAGACCAUCAGCAAGGAGGAGGCGGCUGAGAGACUACUUGAAACAGAGAAGAUAAUUGCAGAGUUGAAUGAAACUUGGGAGGAGAAGUUGAGGAAAACAGAAUCCAUCAGAUUCGAGAGAGAGACUCUCUUGGCAGAGAUGGGUGUUUCCAUUAAAGAAGAUGGAGGAACUCUAGGAGUCUUUUCACCUAAGGGGACUCCUCACCUGGUCAACCUCAACGAAGACCCACUGAUGUCUGAAUGUCUGCUAUACUACAUCAAAGAGGGAGUCACCAGGGUAGGCCAGCAGGAUGUGGAUAUUAAACUGUCUGGUCAGUGUAUCAAGGAGAUCCACUGUGUGUUCAUCAGCGAGACCAACGACCAGGGAGAGGUGGUGGUGACUCUGGAGCCCCUGGUGGGAGCGGAGACGUACGUUAACGGGAAGCAGAUCACAGACUCCGUCAUCCUCAAGCAAGGUUACCGCAUCGUGAUGGGGAAGAACCACGUGUUCCGGUUCACGCACCCGGAGCAGGCCCGUCUGGAGCGGGAGCGGAGCGCCUCGGCCGAGCAGCAGGAGGAGCCCGGGGACUGGAACUACGCCCAGAGAGAGCUGCUGGAGAAGCAGGGCAUCGACAUCAAGCUGGAGAUGGAGAAGAGGCUGCAGGACAUGGAGAUACAGUACCGCAAAGAGAAGGAGGAGGCUGACCUGCUGCUGGAGCAACAGCGACUGUAUGCAGACAGUGACAGUGGAGACGACUCGGACAAGCGUUCGUGUGAAGAGACCUGGAGACUGAUCUCCUCCCUGAGGGAGAAACUACCUGCUAACAACGUCCAGUCCAUAGUGAAGAGGUGCGGCCUGCCCAGCAGUGGGAAGAGGAGGGAGCCCCUCAGAGUGUACCAGAUCCCCCAGCGCCGUCGCAUCAGCAAAGACCCCAAGAGAGUCACCAUAGAAGACCUGCGCAUGCAGGCAGUCAAAGAGAUCUGCUACGAGGUGGCGCUGGGAGACUUCCGCCACUCGCGGCAGGAGAUGGAGGCUCUGUCCGUGGUGAAGAUGAAGGAGCUGUGCCGGAUGUACACCAAGAAGGACCCGGGGGAGAGGGACAGCUGGAGGGCCGUGGCCCAGGACGUGUGGGACACGGUGGGCAUCGGGGACGAGAGGAGCUCCCCGGCCGAGGAGGCAGGAGAGGGAGGAGGAGGAGGAGGAGGAGAGGGAGAGGGGGGGGGAGGAGGAGGAGGAGGAGGAGACAAGGGAGGAGGAGGAGGAGGGGGAGACAAGGGAGGAGGAGUCUACGACCUGAAAGCUCACAUCGACAAACUCACCGACAUCCUCCAGGAGGUGAAGCUGCAGAAUAACCAGAAGGAUGAGGAGAUCAAAUCCCUCAGAGACAGAAUGGUGAAGAUGGAGAGUGUAAUACCUGUGCAGGACGAUGAUCAGAGCGGGGAGGAGGGGGGCUUGUCCUCGGAGGAGAAUGGGGGCGGGACCGAGAGCGAGGCCAGCCCCAGCCCUCAGCCCCAGGUGAGGGUGGGCCGUCUGAUGGACGACGACCCCGCCUUCAGGAGAGGGCGCCUCCGCUGGCUGAAGGUGGAACAGCAGCGCAUCCUCAGCCUGCAGAAGCUGCGCAGCGGCCAGGGUCCCAGCCCGGUGGUGGUCCCGGCGGGGGUUCCAGCGGGGGUCCCGGUGGUCCACCUCCCUGGGACAGGUCGCUUCAUCCCCCCUCAGGAUUGUAAACUCAAGUUCCCCUUCAAGAGUAACCCCGCCCACCGGUUGUCAUGGGGACCGGCCAGCAUGGCCCUGCUGGGGCUGGAGGGGGGGCUGGAGGGCUUCUCCCAGUCCCCGCCCCCGACCUACACGACUCCGCCCCCUCCCCCCCCCCGGAUGCGCUCGCCCAGCCCCCAGCGCGCCUGGCAACAGCGGGGCCAGCCCUUCGGCCAGGGGAACCCGGGGAACCACAAUCACCAUGGCAACAACAACAACAACAACCAGAGGCGUUACCGCCGCAACUCCCUGGACAGCUCUCCGCACGGCAACCAUCACCCCGGCAACGGCCAGCAUCACGGGGGCCAGGGUGGUCACCAGGGCAACCAGGGCGGUCACCAGGGUAACCAGGGCGGGGGGGGGCACCAGGGACGACAGAGACAGAGGAGGGGGUGUUCCCCGGGCCCCGGGGGGGAGAAGGGGGGAGGAGUCGGGAGGGGAGGCUAUCAGCCCAACCAUCACUACCACCACCCCUACUACAACCCCCAGAAUGCACCAUUCCAGCCAGGCCCCCCCCUCCCAUCCUAUCACAGCCUGCCUCGGCCCAGGGGGGCGGGGCCUGGUGGGGUGGUGCCCGGUAUGAUGGGGCCCACGUGGUUCAAUACCCCCCCCCCCAGGAUGAGACGACAGAACAGCGCCCCGGACCUCAAGACCAGUAACAACCCCAGUAACCACGAUGACCAGUAACCACGACAAGCAGUAACCACAGGUAACCACGACGACCAGCAACCACGAUAAACACUAACCCAGGUGACCGGGAACUACAACGACACAGCCAGCUGAACCAAUCACAGCCAAGGAAUCAUCACACUACACCCAGCUGAACCAAUCAGUAACCAGGACAUACCCACUCGGAAUAUACAGUAACGAUGUAGGAGUUAGCUAUGAAGAAAAGUGCGUGUGUGUGUGUUGUAUGUGUGUGUGUGCGUGCGUGCGUGUGUGUGUGUGUGUUGAAAGUAGGCAUACUCAUUGCCUCUACAACACAGGUUAUUUUAAGUGUAUUUUAAUAUUUUGGGAUGGAGGAUUCUAAUUGAAGUAUGAGUGGAAGUAUGCAAACAAAUGUAUACGUUUGACGCUCUCUGAUGCUUUUUUUUAACCUGUGGAAAAGUUUAGUAGGUUUUAAAAAUCAAUGAAUCUGUUCAACAUUUCGCAUUUAUAUUCCUACACCUGCAAAUCAGUUUUUCAAAAGUGCAAUUCCUUCUUUAUUCUUUUUGCAUGUGUACAAUAUAUGUUAUGCAACUACAAAACACUAGACCACAAAUUUUUUUUGUCAAACAUAAAGCUUUGUUAUACAGUCAAUUUCAAAGCUUUUCCACAGUUUGGAAAAAGGUUUCUGAUAAACUGUCUGAUAAAUAUAUUGGAAUAACACAAAAAACCAACAUAAAACAACUUUAAUAGAAUUUGCUUCUUGAGUGGGACAGAAAUUGGGGAAAGUGUAUGGGCUACGACAGUUGUUUAUGUUUUGAUAUCAGACAUCUUGUUUUCACUUUAUGGGAGUAGUUGUAAUAGCGGUUAGAGGCUUUGGGCUACCGUGUAGCUUACGUGCUAUGCUACACGUAAAAGACAACAGUACACUGGCCCCUUUUGCUAGCCACCGUCACACAUGGAGCUAGCGAGUCGCUAGCCGUGAAAACCAAAACCCAGUGUACUGCUGCCUUGAUUCACCUGCUAUGCUGCAGUCAUGCUAUUUCUAACAUGCUACGCUAUAGCUCGUCUGUCAUGAUUUAGCCCGCCUGUCAUGCUCUAGCUCACCUGUCAUCCUAAGCUAACCUGUUAUGCUAUAUAGCUAACCUGAUAUGCUAUCGCUAACCUGUUAUGCUACAGCCAGGGCCUUCCCUUAAGAGCUGAGCGUAUGUUAUGCUGUAGUUGAGUGAUUAGGACAAACCAAAGAUGUCUGUUCUCCGGUGCCACCACUAGUGUACAUAAAGAAAAGAGUUGAGAUAUAUAGCUCUGCUAUUAGGUGGACCGUUGGGAAUGCUAGAUGUGUAUAUAACGUGGAUUUGUGUGUAUAUUUGAAGUGAUGACAAUAUAUGAGCAGAAUAUGACCGAUGCUUCCUAUCCUUUCACAUGAUGGGGAGGGAGGGGCUAAAAGACACACAAUGCUGGACUUAUAAAUGACCUACACCAGGCUACUGCAAGGCCUUGUGUGGGCCUAUGUUACCAAGGAGAUAUGGGAGGUUAAAGAACAGAUGUAGGGAUACAUUACCAUAGCAAAGUCCCUGAAGGAUGGAGGGUAAGGAAGGAGUGAACGAUAUAAGGACAGAUAUAUAAGGGUCAGAGGACACGAGGAAAGAGAAGGAACAAUAAAGGUGCUGCAGGUUUGAAGCGCUAAGCGCCAAAGCUUUUCUUAUUGGCUGUUGUGUUCCUGUUGCCAAGCAACACUUGCACUCCCAGACCCCCCACUAGGCACACGGAGCAAAGGAUUGUGGGAGUAGGAUUGUUUGACUUUUGGCCUUUACUCAGGAAGAGCCGGGGAAACACUGCCUGUAGCAUUGGAGUUGCGAUGACAUGAAUGAAGAAGAGGAGACUAGGAAGUGGAUUUGAUCGGCUGCCAGAAGCCUGCUGCCAUCUUGAGGGUUGCCGCUGGCACUCGAGGGAAAAUGCUGUUUUUUUUUUUUCUGGUUUGACUUUUGGGAUAGACCUUUUGUGUUUUUCAUCUUGUGCGUUUGAUUAGCCGACGGUUUGUGUGCUUCCUUUAUUGAUUGGCUGAUUUGUCUGCUUCCUGUUUUGAUUGGCUGAUGGUUUGUCUGCUGCCUGUUUUGAUUGGCUAAUGGUUUGGGUGCUUCCUGUAUUGUAACCCAGCCUUUCGUAUAUAUUUUACUGUCCUCAAGUCUUUCAAUAUUUUGCAUAUUUUAGUUCUCCUUAAUAUCUGGCUCUCACAGCUGCUGAAGAGGGCUUGUGUGUGUGUGUGUGUGUGUGUGUGUGUGUGUGUGUGUGUGUGUGUGUGUGUGUGUGUGUGUGUGUGUGUGUGUGUGUGUGUGUGUGUGUGUGUGUGUGUGUGUGUGUUUGAGAGAGAUAGAAAAAGUGUAUAUGAAUGCCAUUGUGUAUGCGUGUGUGUGUGUGCGUGUGUAGGUGUGGUUUAAAAGUCUGUGGGUUGGUUUAGAGAAACUUUAUUAACUGUUAUGUUUAUUUGAUGUUGUGAUGGGGGCGGGGCUAGUACAAGCAGACCGUACUGAUUGGCUUGCCCUGUUCAAAGCCCAUCCCAGCAAGCCGUUACCAUGGAGACACAGUUUGGUACUGUGUGGCGGGAGGAAACCAAUCAGGAGAUGAGCUUGCUGUUAAGCCACGCCUCCCCUAGCGGUCUUCUGAUCCAAUUGGCCAGGCUAUCUUUCUGUUUGUUUUCGUUUUUUGAUCCAAACUGUACCCGAAACACUACGGUAAUAAAUAAAACCUUAUAAAACCUCCUGGAGUCUACUGUUAUAAUUAUAGCUAUUAAUGAAAGCGACUUCUGUCUACUGUGAUAACUAUAGCUGUAAAUA